CUCACCGUCAGAGACUCACUGACCGCUGCCUGCCGCGCACCGAGAAUCCCACCAACACAACUCAAAACCCCAACGGUCACUCCUCCUCCUCCCUCCCUCCGCCCUUUCUUUCACCUCUUUUAAGCCUUUAUACUCCCCCCUCCCUCGCCGUCUCAUGCAAUUACCCCGCAAGAACACGGUCCUGCUCCGCUCCGCUCUGCCCGAGACGCCAUCAAUCAAUCCCGUAGUAGGAGCAGAAGAAGCAGCAGUCCCAGUCACUGCCCCGUAGCAGCCGCAUAGUGUGCUUGCUCCUCGGUAGAAUUUGACGAUGGCGAGAGGGGGAGGAGGCGCGGCCGAGGAGGAAGAGGAGGAGGAGGAGGAGGGGAUGGCGGUGAGCGAGACGCUGACGGCGGAGUCGGAGGAGUGCCUCCGCGGGAGCAGCUCCAGCGCCAGCUCCGUCGCCGCCUCCACCGACUCCUACUGCCCGCCCGACGAGUGGCAGCAGGUCGCCAUGAAGACCUGCGUCACCGACGACGCCAUGGGCAAGGCCAAGCCGCCCGCGCCCGGCAAGGAGAGCCCGCCGGUCGCCGAGCCCGAGAGGCACAGAGCCCCAGAGGUCGAGCUGAUGAAGGAGAGGUUCUCCAAGCUGCUGCUGGGCGAGGACAUGUCCGGGAGCGGCAAGGGCGUCUGCACCGCGCUCGCCAUCUCCAACGCCAUCACCAACCUCUGCGCGACCAUAUUCGGGCAGCUGUGGAGGCUGGAGCCGCUGCUGCCGGAGAAGAAGGCGAUGUGGCGGCGGGAGAUGGACUGGCUGCUCUGCGUCAGCGACCACAUCGUCGAGCUGGUGCCCACAUGGCAGACCUUCCCUGACGGAACAAGGCUUGAGAUCAUGACGAGCAGGCCACGGUCGGAUCUGUACAUCAAUCUGCCGGCACUUCGGAAGCUAGACCACAUGCUUCUUGAAACGCUGGAGAGUUUCAGAGACACCGAGUUCUGGUACGUGGACCAGGGGAUAUGCGCGCCGGACUGCGACGGCUCGGCCUCGUUCAGGAGGCCGGCGCACCGCCGCGACGAGAAGUGGUGGCUGCCGGUGCCCCGCGUGCCCCCCGGCGGCCUCCGUGAGGCCACGAGGAGGCAGCUCGAGCACAAGCGCGACGCCGCCAACCAGAUCCUCAAGGCCGCCAUGGCCAUCAACAGCAACGCCCUCGCCGAAAUGGACGUCCCCGACUCGUACCACGACUCGCUGCCGAAGAACGGGCGUGCAACGCUGGGGGACAUCAUAUACCGGUACAUCACGUCGGAGCAGUUCUCCCCCGACUGCCUCCUCGACUGCCUGGACCUGUCGUCGGAGUACCAGGCCGUGGAGAUCGCCAACCGCGUCGAGGCCGCCGUCUACGUGUGGCGCCGGAGGGGCACCGCUGCCAAGUCGGCCGGCACCAAGUCGUCGUGGGGCAUGGUCAAGGACAUGAUCAUGGACACGGAGAAGAGGGGCGACCUGCUCGCCGAGCGCGCCGAGGGCCUCCUCAUAUCGCUGAAGCAGAGGUUCCCCGGGCUGACGCAGACGAGCUUGGACAUGAGCAAGAUCCAGUACAACAAGGAUGUGGGGAAAUCGAUCCUGGAGAGCUACUCGCGGGUCAUGGAGAGCCUGGCCUCCAACAUCAUCGCGCGGAUCGACGACCUGCUGUACGUCGACGAGCUGAGCAAGCAGGCAGACCAGAAGCUCCCAUCGGGUGUGGCAGACGACGGCAAGAUCGCUUGCAAGAACAAAAAGGCUGCUGCCAUGGCCGCCGUGCCCGCCUCGGGCACGACGUACGUCACGCCGAGCUUCUCACCGGCGCAGCUGUCGAGCCCGUCCAAGAUCGGGCGGGCGCUGCUGGUCGACAGGCGGGCGCACCACGGCAGGGCCGCCAAGAGGUCCGCGCUGGCGGACCACGGCGGCGGCCCGGAGGUCAAGGGGAUGCUGGUCACCAGCCCCGUGUUCGACGCCCCGUUGGGCACGGAGCUGUGAGCCUGCGAGUGAUCCGUCGGCCACGGUGGCUGUAUCCAUGUCCAUGUGCAUACUUUACCUUGUGUAUCAUGUGUGCCUGGUUUUCACUGGUAGUGUAGUAAGCGUGAUUGUAGUAAGUGCGGUGCUUGGCCGUUUGCCGCCCUCGGUUUGUGAUGUUUUGGCACUUGGAAGCAAGGUUGUCAGAAUCGUGAUUAUGUUAUACGAUUCUGUGACUUUACAAUCUAAACUGGCCUCUUUGAUUUUA